AUGAGCUCCUCCAGUUUUGAUGAAGAACGGCCUUUCGUCUCGAAGUACAAGCAAAAUCCAGGCCCUAGCCAGCGGCGGACAAAGAGAGAGAAGGCCGCGAUUCUGUUGCUAGUUCUCAACGCGCUAGGCACACUCAGCAGCAUACUGAGCUUAGCUUUUUUCCUGAUACAUUUGAGCCGAAUGCAACAAGUAGAACUCGCCGAUUGCUUUGACGAUACCCUUUUGAAUCCACCAAUCAUAUGGGAAACUCGAACCUUCAACAGUACGGUCGAUGAAAAAAGUGGCGUGGUCGAGGACCUUUUCACACCGUCAAGUCAUACAACGGCUGCGGAUUGGGAAUCCAUCCUGGAUGUGGGCGAAAUUCGCCUCACCAACGCAGAGGCAGCUCGUUUGUCCCAGAACACGUCUCACUUGUAUGGAGGAGAGGACGGGUAUGCAGGAGUGCUGGAGGUAUUCCAGCAGCUGGAUUGCCUGAACCGCAUACGGAAGCAGUUCUUCAACGUUUCGUCACCCGUUGAAGACGCAGGGGACUCUGAGCAUCUGCGCCACUGGCGCGACAAGCACUGUUUUGACUACCUGUGGCAGACGCUCCUAUGCCACGCCGACGUCAGCGUCAUGACGGUCGGGUGGAACGAGAAGCAGCAGGCCUUUAGCGCCAACUUUGCGGUGACGAAGCAGUGCAGGAACUUUGAGGCCAUCCAUAACUGGGCCAAGAAUAGAGAGGCGAGCUUCAAGCCGCCCGGUGGUACACACCCCGGAAUUAUUGAGUCUAGGGAGUUGGCAUAG